CAUCCUUCUUCCAGCUCCAGCUAGUUCCCACAGACAUUGACACUGCUGGUUCUUCUCCUCAUCAACUCCUAGCUCUCCGAUCAAAACGCCUCCAUGGGAGCCAUCCGAAUCGCAAGCCUUCUGCUCCUUGCUGGGGUCAUUUGGUCACACGCGACGCAUGGUGCCGAGGCAGCCGGCACGACGGUGUUCACGCUGCGCAACAACUGCUCCCACACGAUCUGGCCCGCCACGUUGUCCGGGAACAGCGCUGCGGCCGUCGGGGGCGGGGGCUUUGAGCUCGCGCCCAACGCCACCGCCUCGUUCCCGGCACCCGCGGGAUGGUCGGGUCGCCUCUGGGCGCGCACGGGCUGCGUCGCGGCGCCGUCCUCCUCCGGGCUCUCGUGCGCCACGGGCGACUGCAGCGGCGCGGCGAGCUGCACCCUCGGCGGGUCGCCGCCCGUCACGCUGGCCGAGUUCACCCUGGGCGGCGCCGACGGGAAGGACUUCUACGACGUGAGCCUGGUGGACGGGUACAACGUGGGCAUCGGCGUGGCCGCCACGGGCGCGAGGGUGAACUACGCGAGCUGCGGGUACGCCGGGUGCGUCGGGGACGUGAACGCGCUGUGCCCGCCCGAGCUGCAGAUGUCCGGUCCGGCGAAGGCCGCGGGAGGGGACGGCGCGGCGCCGCCGCCGACGGUGGCGUGCCGGAGCGCGUGCGAGGCGUUCGGGACGGCCGAGUACUGCUGCACGGGCGCGCACGGGGGGCCCAGCACCUGCGGGCCCACCAAGUACUCGAGGCUCUUCAAGGCGGCGUGCCCCGCGGCCUACAGCUACGCGUACGACGACCCCACCAGCACCUUCACCUGCGGCACCGGCGCGCAGUACCUCGUCACCUUCUGCCCGGGGCACCAGUAGUGCUUGCGGUCGUGUAUCAGUGUAUGCGCUACGGUGCAUACUGCAGUUGCAGCAAAUGCCCGCCGAUCAUUUUGCUUGUUUAUCCUAAAAAAUUAGUAUGCUUGUAAUUUGGUAGAACUUGCACAUCAUAGAAAUUAGAAAGUGGGCUUUGGCGAAUUGCUUGAUUUUUUUUCUC